AUGGACGCAGUCGACAAGUCAGAUCACUACGAGGUCGGCUCAUAUGAAGAGACUCCUUCACUACUUUCUAUCAUCAUUGAUACGAACCCACGCGCGUGGGCAGCGAUUGGCGACACCCUCCCCUUGUCACGAGCUAUUGCGAACAUACUCGUCUUUGUCAAUGCACAUCUCGCCUUCAGCAAUGCGAACCAAGUCUCGCUGAUUGCGGCCCACGUCAACCGGGCUGCAUGGUUGUAUCCCUCGACGUCUGCACCGACCAAGCCAGCCCAGCCGAAAGACGAUGGCGGCGACGUCGAAAUGCAGGACGCUGCGGCGCCACCGCCGGGCUCCGCGAAUAAAUAUCCACAGUUUGCGCAGAUAGAGGCAGCUGUGCUGACGUCAAUACGGAAACUCGUUGACGGCACGACGAAGCAGGACCUAGAGUCUACGACGACACAGCUCUCCGGCGCCUUGACGUUGGCUCUCUGCCACAUCAACAAGGCCACCAGCAGCAUGUCUGCCUCGGCCGUGAACGCAACGAGCGAAAACAAGACGAGCGAUACUGUUCACAUGGGACUCAAAGGCCGUAUCCUUGUCAUUUCCGUGUCCGAUUCCGAACCCUCCCAAUACAUCCCCACCAUGAACGCAGUCUUCGCCGCUGCCCACGGCCAAGUCGCCAUUGAUACCCUCUCUCUUUCGGGCGACGCAACUUUUCUACAACAAGCCUGCUAUAAUACAGGCGGCACAUUUCUCGCCGCGCCUAGUCCGCAAUCGAUUCUCUCAUAUCUCAUGUUUGGCUUGAUCGCCGACACAGAAGCGCGCAAGUCCCUGGUUGCUCCCGCCCAUGACACAGUGGAUUUCCGAGCGGCCUGUUUCUGCCAUGGCAAAGUCGUCGACUUGGGUUUCGUGUGUUCCAUCUGCCUCAGCAUAUUUUGUGAACCACCAGAGAAUGCCGAGUGCUUGACGUGCGGGACCAAGCUAGCCCUGGGUAACUACGGCUCAAAACCCCAAGUCGUGCCGAGAAAGAAGAAGAAAAAGAAGAGGCCUCUCAAUGGGACACCUGCAGAGGGUACAGCAAGCGGCACGGCCACGCCAGCUUUAUGA